UCAGCCAUGGCUGACGCGUCGACAUUCCUCCUGCUUCCUGUGUCUCUUGUGCCUGCCAGGUCCGAGUCUGGGGGCGUGUCAGACGUUUGGUUCAACGUUUUACAACAUCAGCCAUGGCUGACGCGUCGACGUUCCUCCUGCUUCCUGUGUCUCUUGUGCCUGCCACCAGGCGCCCUUGAACCGUUAAAACGUGGUCAACUUGGAGGGUCAUCACGGAGGUAUGCGUGAUG